AUGCCCGCCUCGGAGAAAAGGCAGAGCAAACUCUGCAAACUCAUCGAAGACGAACGGCAGUUCGUGGGCAGGAAUAAGCACCAGAGGCAACGCUAUGUGACCAAAGUGGGGAAGUGCAAGGUCAACCUGGGCAACAUUCAGGAGAAGAAGAGGUUCCUCUCGGACAUCUUCACCACCAUCGUGGACCUCAAGUACCGCUGGUUCCUCUUCAUCUUCAGCAUGUGCUACAUCAUCACCUGGGUGCUCUUUGGCAUCAUGUAUUACCUGGAUGCCUGGAUACGAGACGACGUCAACCACAUCGGGGACACCGAGUGGAAGGCUUGCAUUGAGAACAUCGACAACUUCAUCUCCGCCUUGCUCUUCUCGGUGGAAAGUCAACGGACCAUCGGCUACGGCUCCCGCAUUGUGACCGCCAACUGCUCGGAGGGAGUCCUCCUGCUGAUGGCCCAGUCCAUCAUCGGCUCCAUGAUCGAUGCCCUCAUGGUGGGAUGCAUGUUCGUCAAGAUCUCCAGGCCCAAGAAGCGUGCCCAGACCUUAAUCUUCAGCAAGAAGUGCGUCAUUUCCAGCCGGGACGAGAAGCUCUGUCUCAUGUUCCGCAUCGGAGACCUUCGAGACAGCCACAUGGUGGAUGCGAAAAUAAGGGCCAAACUCAUCAAAUCCAGGCAAACCAAGGAAGGGGAGUUCAUCCCGCUUGACCAGUCCGAACUGAACCUGGGCUACGGCACAGGGGAGGACCAUCUCUUCCUGGUGGAGCCGCAGAUCAUCUGCCACAUCAUCAAUGAGGUCAGCCCUUUCUGGGAGAUGUCUGCCGAGGCGCUGAAGAGGGAGCAGUUUGAAGUCAUCAUCAUCCUGGAAGGCAUUGUGGAAGCCACAGGAAUGACGUGUCAAGCCAGGACAUCAUACAUCGAGAAUGAAAUCCUCUGGGGCCAUCGUUUUGAGUCCUGCAUGACCCUGGAAAAAGGUGCCUUCCAAGUAGAUUACACCAAAUUUGAGAGGACUUUUGAGGUGCAGACGCCACGGCUGAGCGCGCGAGAGAUCUACGACCUGAAGGAGAUGGAGAACCAGGAGCAAUCGACGCUGAACUUCUACUGGGAUCAUCUGGCCCAGCCUUGCUCUUCAGCAGAGCCCAACCAUGAAGCCCAACGAGGAGGCUGCUCCAACAAGGAGGAGAAGAGGAACAACGAAUACCGCAACCACAGUACCAGACUCUAA